AUGUCCAAGCCUCCAGACACCCCUUCUGCCUUGACCGCUUGCGAUUCGCCCACAAGCGCCCCGGGCCGCCGCGGCUCCAUCAACUCCAUGUCGGCGAGCUCGACUGUAGACAAGGAGCAGCUGGCUCACGCUCUCGACAAGAUACACACUUCGGCCAGUCGCUGCGACUCCCUGACGACGUUCAACGACUUUGCCCCCCCUCCCGAGCGUUUGCCCGCCUUGGAGGGCCGCGGCACGGCGGGCGAACUGGUCCAGCAUGGCCUCAGCGGCCUCUACACCCGCUUUCGGGAAGCCGUCGGCGGCGUUAGUCCCACCAAGACGACCCCGAAGGAGGCGAUCCCUGACGACAACGCGGAUGCUGCCUCCAAACGGACCUCGAUCGCCGACGGCCACUCGUCCCGGCCCUCUAUAUCGUCGCUGAGCCGCGCCGACACGACCGCCUUGGCUGCCACCCCUUCUACAUCACAGCCGACUCCCAUGACGGAAGUUUCCUCGGCCGCCCUCACCAUCACCACCUCCGAGUUGAGCAGUCGCUCGCAGAUGACGCAGUCGUCCAAGCCCACGAGCAUCAAUCUCAUGUCCGGCCAAAAGCUGUCGCAUACAUCUGGCCGCCAAAGUCUCCCCACCAAAGCCACGAGUGCCAUCGUUGCCGACCCUACCAUCACUGCGCCCGUUUCAGUGCACCGCGAGGCCAGUCGUAGCACCGUCCGGACAGAGGACAGCAACGGCGGCCAAGCCUCCAGCCGGAGGAGCCUCGGUAGACCCGAGCUCCACGCGCACCUGUCGACGACCGACUCUUCCUCUCCCGCCAGCGUUUACGAUGCCAAGGACGGUAGCAAACUUUCUUCCAAAUCUGCGAGGGACGACGGCUCCAGCGUUGACGGCACCGCCGACGUCGCUUCGAACCCUGCAAAGGGUGCACCCCCCAGUGCCCUCAAGACGGCGCAGCACCGCCACGUCCGCAACCCUUCCAUCACCUCUUCCAUGCUUUCGCCAGACGGCGUGCACAGACGGCCAGCUGUCAUUGCCAAAAUCACGCGCUCCAGGUCCCCGGGGGAUCUCGAGUCCAGAGAGUCGUCUCUUGACCGCAGCGCUGCUGAAGCCAGCCCCAUCAACACGUCAGCGCACAACUUUGUCUACCACACGUCGUUCAAUCAAGAUUCACGCACCACGGCUCCUCACCACGGGCGGACUGCUGGUGGCCGCAUUCCGGGCACGACUGGAGGUAAAGAAAGAGCGUCGGAUCAGAUGAACGCUCAGCUGGACAAGAUGCGACGCCAAGUGUUGAGCAAAGAGUAUUGGAUGAAAGACGACACGGUCAAGGAGUGCUUCCUGUGCCAGACCCCUUUCACGGCUUUCCGAAGAAAGCACCACUGCCGAACCUGCGGGUGCAUCUUCGACUCGAAAUGCACAACAGUGGUCUCCGGCGAAAAAUUUGGCGUGCAGGGCUCUCUGAGGGUUUGCAAGAACUGUCUCGAGGUUAUAAGCCGACGCUUUGACGGCAGCGGAUCCGACGACUCGGGUGACGAACGGUCAUUCAUGCCACGAAUCUUUGGCCCGAAUCACUCAAAGUACUCCAGCGGAGCCACUCAGUCUGCCAGGGCCAGAGAGCAGGAUUUGACCGUGGGUUCCGAGGGCUCCGAGGAUUCGCGCCCAGUGUCGACGCCCAUGAUGGCCAUUCCCGCCACCCGCCGUGUCAGGGAGUCGAAUCGCUCGUCCGCUGUUCUGGAGAUUGAUGCUCCGCAGCUAAGUCGACCUGGCUCGUCCCGUUCUCUCAAGUCCCUGGGCACCGCCCGUCCGCAGUCGUCCGCGGGACACAAGCGGCACCAUUCCAAGCACGGCUUUCUUGGUCGAUUCAAGCCCAACCCUCCAUUUACCCCUCACCCUUCGGCCGUUCUUCCCCCUCCCACCGCCGACGACCGAGCCCCGUUCCGAAAAGGCAUCGACGAUGACAGCGUCAACAAGAGCAAGCUCCCGGCCUUUCACGACGACAAUAUCAUUGACCCUGAUCUGGCUGAUUACAUGUCCGAUGAUUCGAGCGGAGACGAACAGGUGAGCAUCUUUGCAACCAUGGGCACUUCGGACCUGCAAUCGGCGAGUUUCGAAAACGAGAAAUCGGGUUUUGCGCCGUUCGUCAACGCUGCGAGAAAGCAUCGCUACAGUAGGACGGGCGAGAAGAGCAUAAGUGGCAUGAGUUACGCCAGCCGAGGCGUGCUCGACGAUGUCAACGGACCGGCAAGCCUUGUAGGCCACCGACGCACGACCAGGCGGCGGAACCUCAGCAACGUGAGUGGAAGCGUUCAUCAUCUCGGAUCCCCGCGACCCAAGUCCGCAGUCUACAAAGGGCCAUCUGCCUCCUCGGAGAUGCUCCUCUCUCUGGACACCCAGGGCCCGAGUGGGGCUCCGAUUACGAGGAGCGAGUCUUCUCGGAAACACAAGCAGUCUCCGAAGGAAGAGCUCAACCAGUCCAGUUUGAAGCACGUCGACAAGCUACUCCAUCAGCUCCUGACGGACGCCGGAAUCCCAUCUCAGGCGGCGUGGCAAAAGGCUCUGGUGCCCAUUCUUCUGCAGUUGACAGACGAUGUGACCCCGGACGUCGCCAAGGGUGAGGACAUGGACAUCAGGCACUACGUCAAACUCAAGAGAAUUCCGGGCGGCAAGCCCUCCGACACGGCUUACGUCUCUGGCGUCGUCUUCACCAAGAACUUGGCACUCAAGAGCAUGCCGCGCAGAAUCACGAACCCCCGGAUUGUGCUUGUCACCUUUCCGAUUGAAUAUCAGCGCCAUCAGCAGCAUUUUAUGAGUCUGCAGCCGGUCAUCGAGCAAGAAAAGGAGUUCUUGAGGGUCGUGGUUCAACGGAUUACGAAUUUGAGGCCUCACGUGCUGCUGGCCCAAAAGAGCGUCUCAGGAGUCGCGCUGCAAUAUCUCUCCGAGGCCAACAUCUCGGUGGCGUACAACGUCAAAGAUACCGUCAUCGAAGCCGUUGCUCGGUGCGCCGAAGCCGAAAUCGUUGAAACGUUGGACAUGCUUGCGCUUCCGGUCCGCGUCGGUCGGUGUUCCUCGUUUGAGGUGAGAACCUUUGUCAACAAUGAUCAUCCGGGGCGGAAGAAGUCCUACAUCUUUCUCUCGGGGUGCAGGGCAGACCUUGGGUGCACCAUCGGCCUUCGAGGAGCAAGCAACAUGAUUCUCGGCCAACUGAAGCAGGUCAUGGAGUUCAUGGUCUACGUCGUAUACAACUUGAAGCUGGAGUCGAGCCUCCUCCGGGACGAUUUGAGGUCUUUGAGCUCAGCCAGCGUCACCGACGGGUUCCGGGCUGGUCCGACGACCGUCCUGAAUCACCCUUCUAGCGAAAGCGAGCUACCGUCUCAGACCACCAUGGACAGCUCCAGCUUGGGUGGCGGAGGCACCGAAGAAGCCGAAUCGUCGGCCCAGUCGAUUCAGGCAGACACGCAGGUCCCCGACGACGUGCCGAUGCCCACAUUCUACAGCGACAUGGUGGCGAAAUACGAGACCAAGAUUCUCUCGGCGUCGCCGUACGUCAAGUUCAAGCAGCCGUAUCUUCUGAUGAAGGCUCGCGAACAGGAGAGACGUCUGCUGUACCUCCGGCGACUCCGGGACCAAGACUCGGUCGAGGAAGACUCGGAGAAGUCCGGCCGCCACAAGUUCCAGCUCAUCAAGCCGGAGAUGGUUGAGAAGAUUGGCCAGAAGGCCCCGAGGCAGAUAAUGGAAAUCCUUCACGCCGUCCACGACGCCGAGUACGACAAGGCCCUUUUCAACUAUCAGACCCAGACUCGCCAGUGGGAAACGUACAUACAGGGCAACCUGGACUUGUUUGACCCCUACUCUCACCAGAACAUUGUUGUCCUGUACUCUGUCAUUUGCACCGAGACCAAGAUUCCUUGCAUAGAACCCAGCUUGAUUGCCAUCAACUUCUAUGACGAACAGCAUGUGGACACCGGAAUGGACCCCGACUGCACGCUGGGCCAAUACAUUGAGGAUCUAGCCUACAGCAAGAACGACAUUUGCAACUCGAACGGCUGCGAGAAGAUGAUGGUGCAACACCAUCGAACGUAUGUUCACGACCAGCACCGCAUCACCGUCUUUGUGGAGCACGUUCCGCACAUUAGCCCGAGGAGACCCGAGCUGGGUGACGGCAUCACCAUGUGGACAUACUGCAAGCUCUGCAAGAAGGAUUCGGAAGAGACUGCUAUGUCGGAGGCCACGUUCAAAUACUCCUUUGGGAAAUACCUCGAGCUGCUUUACUGGGGCCGCGGUCUGAGGCUGAAGAACGUGGUCGAAUGCCCUCACGACCAUUACCGGGACCACGUUCGGUAUUUUAGUCUGGGCGAUUCGCGCAUCAGAAUUCACUGGGAUCCCGUUGACCUGCUCGAAAUCGUCGUGCCUCGGGCAAGGAUUACAUGGAAGGUCGUCAACGACCUGAAGCUGAAGAACGAGAUCUACACCAAAAUGGAGGAACGCUGGAGCAAGUUCAUGGCGUCGGCCGAGGUUGAGCGCUUGAUGAAGAAGACCCAGGAGGAGCAGCCGGCCAUAUUCCGUCAGCUGCAAAGCAUCUACGUCAACUCCAAAUACUACGAGGUCGUCCCUUUCAAUAGUUUGGUGCGGGAGAUGCUUGAGAAGGCGGGCGAAUGGGACCAGGCAUUUGCCAAAUUUGAGGCCGACUUCUUGGGAGACAAGGACAUGCGGCAGCUGACCAUCAUGCAACUGAAGAAGAUGUUCACAGACAAUGAGUCAAAGGAGUCGCUCGCGUCGACAGAAGGCAACGGUUCCGCUGCUGACAGUGAUGAACGGCCGUCGCAAACCUUUUCCGAGACCGAUGAGAGGAGCACCCAGCCAACGGACUACACCACCGACACUGGCAUGGGGACCAGCGCUGCGUCAAUCAAACCCCUGGAUGACAGGCAGACUGACGACAGGCAGCCCGCUGAUGAGCUUGGCUCGCCAACACCCGUCAAGGUCCCUUCCAUGCCCAUCCCUCAGCAGAGUUCCCUUCUCUCUGAUGAGAGCACACCACACACGUCCCCGCCAGCGUCCCCUUCAGGACCUGGCCGCAGUCCUACAGAUCCACCCCCGUUCAGCGCGUCCUUGUCCGAGAAGAUCGACCAGAUGCGCCGCGAGCAGGCUCAACUGUCUAAACAAGCCGCUGAUGGUGCAACGGUUCCGACCGAAAUCCCCAAGCCGGUGCUUGAGCGCGGAGGGAGCAGCAGGAAAUCGGGAUCCAACAUAUCGCCGCCCAUUGUUCGGGCCACCUCUCACCCAGCGCGGCCAGCUCACCGUCCGCUGGCAUCGGCUUCGGGGAAGCCUCUCGGCGCUAAAGACGCAAAGCCACAGCCCGAAGCCUCCGUCAAAGUGGAUAAGAAACUCUCUGAUCGCCUAGGUCUGACUGCACUCAAGCAUCGCUCCAAGGGGGCCACUUCAAGCAUCCCCCGGCUAGUGCACAAAAAGAGGGAGUCGAGGGUCUCAGCCUUGGCGAGACACUUUGAGCAGCUCAGCCGCGAGUUUGAAAAGGAGCGUAUCAGAGAUCGGAAACAGCGGGCUGCGAAUCUGCGUCAGCCCAGGGCCAGACUGCCAAGGACGUCGACAAAAGCCAUCGUGCAGGUGUACGAUAACGUGAACCAGGCGUUUGAGGAACCAGCCGUAGCUUCUGAACCCGCUGCAGAGCCUCAGGGGGAACCAAGGCAGACUGGCGCAGCGCCAAGCACGGCCUCGGAGAUGCCCAUUUCGGAGCCGCCGACAGAGCCGCCCACGCCCACGAUAGAGAGCAUCUAUAGGCUGGAAGCUCAGCAGCCAGUGCAAGCGCCAGCGCCAGCGCCGACACAACCACCCCCGCCGCCAACACACGAGGAUAACGAUGACGCCAGCAACGCCAAUAUCAGCCAGGUAGCAUCAGACGACGAGGGCGGGGUGAGCGACCUGGAGACUUCCGUUCCUGAAGAGUUUCUCCCGGACAUCAAGGAAAUCGCCUAUGCUCUAGAGCCGAGCGCCGAGAUCCCCCUGGAGCUUCCCAGACAUCAAAAGACCAGCCUGAUGAAGUACUUGACCAACUUCUGGGCUGAGAGAUCCGCCAGCGGGUGGCCGCCGCUCGAGUAUCCCGUCAACUCGACCGACCACAUCUUUGUCGACUCGGACAUUAUUGUGCGAGAAGACGAGCCAAGUUCCGUCAUCGCACUGGCUCUCAACAGCGAAGAUUACACGGGGAAGCUGAGCAAGAUUAGACGCGAGGCUCAGGAGGUGGUGAUGCAACGAGAAAGCGAGAGCGCGGAAAAGAGCCUGCUCCGCGCGACCGGCACACACCUGAAGUACCAGUUCAAGGAGGGCGCGGCUGUCAUGACGUGCAAGAUAUUCUACGCUGAGCAGUUUGAUGCCCUUCGGAGGAAAUGCGGCGUUGCCGAACGAAUCGUCGAGUCACUGUCCAGAUGUCUCAAAUGGGAUUCAAGGGGCGGCAAGACGAAGUCUGUGUUCUUGAAGACUUUGGAUGACCGACUCAUUCUGAAGUCUCUCUCGCCGGUGGAAACGUCGGCCUUCUUGCGCUUUGCGCCUGGAUACUUCAGCAUCAUGGCAGAAGCCCUUUUCCAUGACCUGCCUUCGGUCAUUGCUAAAAUGCUGGGCUUUUUCCAAGUGAUCAUCAAAAACCCGACCACCGGCACAGACACCAAGCUCGAUUUGUUGAUCACCGAAAACCUAUUCUACGAUCGAUCCCCCUCGAGAAUCUUUGAUCUCAAGGGGUCCAUGCGCAACCGCAGGAUCCAGUCGACGGGCGAGCAAAACGAGGUUUUGUUGGACGAGAACAUGGUCGAGUACAUCUACGAGUCGCCUCUGUUCGCGCGGGAGCAUUCCAAGAAACUUCUUAGGGCGUCGGUGUGGAACGACACGCUGUUCCUUGCGCGGCAGAACGUGAUGGACUACUCACUGAUGAUUGCGGUUGAUGAGGAGAGAAAGGAGCUCGUGGUUGGCAUCAUCGAUUGCAUCAGGACGUACACCUGGGACAAGAAGCUCGAGAGCUGGAUCAAAGACCGCGGCUUCGCUGGCGGCGGCCGCAACAGGCCAACGGUGACGAGCCCCAAGGAAUACAAGUCCCGGUUCCGAGAGGCCAUGGCGAGAUAUAUCCUCCAGGCUCCCAACUGUUGGCACCUCUUCAAUAACCCGCAGUACCCAGUGUAUCACGGACGGGCGAGGUUUGAGGAUGCCGAGGCACCGGUGCUCUAG